AUGAGCGGAGCGACGCUGAAGAAAAUUGCGAAGAAAAGUGGUAUCAUUCAGAAGUACAUCAGCAACCCUUUGUUGCUGAAUGGGUUCAAAUGCGAUCUACGACUGUAUGUUCUGACUCUCUCUGUGGACCCUCUGAAGAUCUACCUAUUCGAGGAAGGCUUGGUUCGAAUAGCCACUCUACCGUAUGUUCACAAAGGGCGUUCGAAAUCCCGAUACAUGCAUCUCACGAACUAUAGCGUUAAUAAGAAGAAUUGUAUAUUUGUGAAAAACGAGGAUAUGCACUUUUUCGGUGAUGGCAGUUUGGGAGAAUUUAGUGACAGAGGUUCAGCUCGGUCCGAAUGUGCGCCGUCUGUCGCAAGCACUAAUAUGAGUCAUAAAUGGUCGUUACGGGAAUUGCAACAAAACUUGAUGGAAUGCGGGCUGGACUACGACAAGAUGAUGAAAGAUGUUGAAGAUGUUAUCAUUAAGACGAUUAUCUCGGCGGAGCCUCAAAUGGCCACCAACCUCCAUCGGGCAACUAACUACACUUCCUGUGCGGAGCUGGAUGCUCCUGUGCACCAAAAUAUAUUCGAGAUAUACGGUUUCGACAUUUUGCUUGAUGCAAAUUUACGACCGUGGCUCCUCGAGGUUAACGUGUGUCCGUCAUUUUCCAGCUCAAGCCGAUUAGACAAACGCAUUAAAUCUCAGAUGAUCGCUGAUGCAUUCACACUUGUUGGUUUCUGGCCAUUUGAUCGGUCAGGAGGGAAGAUAAGAGUCCCACAUCCGGGUAGUUGGAAACCUGAUGCAACACAGAAAAAUUGGGCAUCAAUAAUGGAUUGGCACGAUGAAGAACAGAGGGCUGGAGGUUUCAGGCGGAUUUUCCCUACUCGGGAUAACGCUGAGAAAUACGGAAAAUAUCUGCUCACUGAGCGAGCAUCAAACCUUCUAUUUCGACUGUGGUUGGAGGCUGGCGGAGCGAAGGUGUUCGAUCCGAACACGAAAGAGUUUUCAUAUAAACCUACAACGAUUCCCGCUCAGAUGGUUACUCGAGCUUCUGGUGAUAUCGAUUAUACUGGUAGGAACCCUGUUGGCACGCCUCAAAGGGUCCUGGGUGUGAAUAUGGGGAACCCCAUAUAUAAAUGUAUGGCUUUCAAAUGCCCUAAGGGCAAAGAUCUUGGCUCUUCAGUAUUUGCUUGGGCUCGAUCUUGGAAUGUACAAACCCACCCUGAUGGCCAUGACUACACUAUGGUUGAACGUGGGAAGCCUCGUUCAUGGGAUUACCCAAGGGUGUGGGAUGAGAUUUCUCAGGCCACGACAAAUUGUCAACUUGAUCCUGCUCCUUUACAACUGUUGGCUCUGUGCCUGGUCGCUCCGAGGGCCAUCAGUGACCAGGUCGCCAAUGGUGCUCUCAAGGAUCUGAAGGAUCACCAGAACUCUGACCUGCCAAAUAACUCUUGUUUGUUAGCUUGGCAGGAUGUCAACAAUAAGUCAUCUCCGAGUGAGAUUGCUGAUGCCUUCUCGAAGUUCAUUGAGGGUUGCCGUCGCAUGUCUCCCUGGCAAAGUCAAAGAACAGCCCCAACCAUGGAGUCGAGUCCUCGUGAGAAAAAGAUCAUCGAGAAGAUCGCUGAACUCUCGGACGGUACUGAGACUAAUUAG